AUGAGUCAAUUUCAACUGUUUCCAUCGCCUUCAAACACCAAGGCUCCCAAGAACCCCUUUCGCCUAGAGAAUUCAAGAGCUACGCGCACACCACCUAUAGGUUCCAUUCCUCUGAAUGAUCUCAAUGGGAAAGAUACCAGGACAGAGGCGCUGCUUUUCCAGAUCGUCGAUGACGCCAAGGGCAUUAAGGCCGCGAAGAAAGUGAAAACCCCUCGGUCAGCGCCUGUAUCCAUACCAGAGACUGUACAGGAACUGAGGACGCCUGAAUCACGUUUCAGUCAGAGCCCCAAGAAUAACACAGCAAAUCAAUGGGGUUCGCCGGCAUAUAAAGUCAGCCAGGCAUCUCCGACGGGGAGCAGCAACAACCAUAUAGCUACCCAAUUGGCCCAGAGAGCUUCCGAGGCCUCCAGCUCACCUGUUAUUCCUAUGAGGUCCAUAUUCCCUCAGUAUAAUCCCAAUGUGCCUCUCAGCCAGCAACAAUACUACCCUCAACUCUCAGCCAAUACGCGAACACAUAGGCCCAAGGAACUCUCCUUUACACCACCGCCAGAGAUUGACCGUGCCCUUGGGCCUAAGACUGUCCCCGCAAGUGUAAUGAAUUUUCCAGCAGGUGUUCUUGACCAAGUUGAGAUACAAUACUCGUCGAUUACCGAACUUAAGAGCCUCUGGGAAGCAGCCAAUGGCCAGCGUCCGCAAGACCUAGCAGGAAACUUCAACUUGCGUGUGGCACGGACGGAAGCUGAAACAUACACGUUUGGCGACCCCCAAGCGCCAUUCUAUAAGAUGCAGACUUAUUCAACCAAAGAACUAUCCGUCACCAGGACCAAUCCGUCCAAACCGAAUAGUAGUAUUCCUAUCAUGAUGCUAAAACUUGAAGAUCGCCGCCGCGAACCCCCAAAUGACGGACUUGUGUCCAUCCUCUUCUCCCGUCUGGCUGCAAUGCUGGCCCUUGACGAAGCGGAAGUGUUAGCUAGAAAGCACCAUCUGGGUCCCACAGAAGCUGCAGAAGCAGAAGGCAAAGCUCUAAAGCGAGCUGCAGCACAAGAGUCUUGCAGACUUUCAUGGAAUAAUGCCAAGCAGCUGUAUGAGCUGCAUCAUCCAUCGCUGACCAAGCUCCCACCUCCAGCCCUUGUCGGUGCGGCAGGUGUCCCACUAUCUCCAGUGAGGUCAAAGUAUUCUGGACUUCUCCACAUCUCUGUUUCGACACCGUCGAAAGAAUUAGGUUCUAGACAACCUCCAACUAUUCUCGCGACUACUCCUAUGUCGGCCAACGCGGUUGAAGGCGCCAAUAUGGCCGCCACGCCUCGGACGUCGACCCUCCCUUUGACCGAGUGUGAUGAGCCCCUAGCAUCUCUAGAUUUGGGUACGCUAACCCUCUCCAUUUCCGCGGCUGCCAUUAUCGCCACGGUCCCUUCAUUGUAUGCAAUAGACUCCCUUGUCACUGCAAUGCUGGCCGUUGCAGUCUCGGACGAGUCUACAAACACCGUCCUAACAGACAUGGAGCUCUACGACCCGACCAAGGAAGCAUUAUCCAAGCAAACAUCUGCAGAUAGCAACAUAAAAAGCCUAGACGAGCACGAAGAUGCCCAAGAAGGCAUCCAACUUAUGUCGAAAAUCAAACGCGCAAGAUCGCAAUCCGCCGACUCCACCCAGAGAAAAUGGUUUCAUUUCUGGCGCCCACAAAGACCCGCAAAGCCUAAGACCAAGAAAAUCAUGGUCGAAGAAUUCGACCUCGAAAAGUAUGGACGCUAUGGCUACGGCUCCUCGCGGGAGGGACAGAAGCUCCCGGGCUUGACGCGGGGAUGCUUACGAAUCCUCUUCUGGGGGCUGGAUAUUCUUGUGCGCGUACUUACCAUGAUGAAUGCUUACGAUUGA